AUGUUCGCUCCGCCUGCAACUACGUCUCCUCCGGCAAGGAGGACGACGCCGCAACUCUCCCGCUCUUCUUCGGCAUCAACCCUCUCUGCGGUCCCCACAACGCCCCCAAAUGCGCCAAUCGAACUGCCCCCUCCUCCCUCCAAACCCCACGUAUGCCGCGACUUAACCGGCGCCGCGGUCAAUCGCCCCAUCAAAGCCCUCCUCACCCCCGCCCUCUCUCAAAAGGACAGACCACUGAGGAUCGUAGGCCUGCUCGCCACCUCAGACAAGGGUUGUGAGAUGUACGCCGACAUGACGGCUCGGGCGUGCCAGAGCGCCGGCGUAGACUUCCAGCGUCUCGAUCUGCGCUCCGCCUCGUCGUCGACCGAAGACGGGCGCUUCGCGGCCGUCCUCAGUGCGAUAAAGGCACUCAACGACGACGACAGCGUCGACGGCCUGCUGGUCUACUUGCCCCUGUUUGGUGCCCGACGCGACGCUGAAUUGCGCGCAGCAAUCUCGCCGAGGAUAGACGUCGAGGGCGUGUCGCCUGCCUCACUUGCACGGUCGUACGCCACCCCGCCUCCACCUCUGGAGGCCGUGUUUCGAGACCCGGGCCCGGCGAUGGCGACCGCAUAUCCAUAUCCGUGUACGGCGGCUGCCGUCUUGCGCACUCUCUCGCAUGCCAGUGUCCCCGCCUCUGGGACCGUGACGAUCAUCAAUCGCUCCGAGACCGUGGGAAGGCCAUUGGCGGCCAUGCUCGCGAACUGCGGGGCGACAGUGUACUCCGUGGACGUAACCGGCGUCCAGCUAUGGCAGACGAUAUCGUCGGGUUUGUCAAUCGAGGACAUCGAUACCCCCUUACCUCUCCUUCUCGCGCAGAGCGACGCCGUCGUCUCGGCCGUGCCCGGAUCUUACACCGUGCCCACACAAAGCCUGAAGAUGGGCACAGUGUGCAUCGACCUCAGCGCCGAGGGCAACUUUGCCCCGGACGUCAGGGAGAGGGCAGGCGUGUUCGCGCCGAGAAUCGGGGCCGUGACGAUCAGUAUGUUGAUGUGCAAUGCGCUGGUGUUGAGGAGGCGGGCGGAGAGCGGAGAGGGCUCUGUGAGGUGGAGUGGAAGUGAUGUAGCAUAG